AUGUUCUUCUCACUCCCGCUAGCCAUCCUCUCCUUUGCAGUCCUCACCCUCCAGGUGAGCGGCGUCCACAGAGGGCAGCCAGGAGUCGACGCCACCUUCGACUACGUUGUCGUCGGCGCUGGCACCUCUGGCUUUACACUCGCGUCUCGACUUGCCGAAGCCAACUUCACCGUGGCCCUGGUCGAAGCCGGCGACUUCUACGAGCUCGUCUGGCCCUUCCCCAUAAUCCCCGGAGCCGUUGCUCUCGGUAUCGGCGCGAGCCCGACCUCAACAACACCCAUUGAUUGGCAAUUCAUCACGCAGCCUGUCCCAGGCGCGAAUAAUCGGGCAGUGCACUACUGCCGACAUCGAACAUUCGGGGGCUCUUCAGCUGCGAAUGCCCAGAUAUACCAGAGACCAGAUCGAGACUCAAUGGACCGCUGGGCCGAACUAGUCAACGACUCCUCCUGGAGCUUCGACAGCGUCUUCCCCUUCUACCAGCGAACGCCGACAUUCCACCCACCAGACAACGCACAGCGUCCGCCAAACGCCACGGCAGACUAUAAUCCCGAUGCGUUCUCGCCUACCGGCGAGCCGCUGCAUGUCUCGUAUCCGAUUGACAACAUUGUCUUCUCAACCUGGAUGGUGCGCGGCAUGCAAGCGAUUGGUAUACCGGAGACCCAGGACUUCAAUAGCGGCCAGCUCCUGGGUGCACAGUGGUGCGCCUUUACAGACCGCCCCUCCGAUCGAACGAGAAGCAGCUCGGAAGCAGCAUUCAUGGGGCGAGCGAAUAACGACGUGCUCCUGGCGACGCUGACGCUGUAUAAUGUGACGAUGGGCAAGAGGGUACUGUUUGAUGAGAACAAGAGGGCGACGGGCGUGGAGGUCCACUCCGAAGACCACAGCGAUGUUUACACGCUGCAUGCAACCCGCGAGGUCGUCGUGUCGGCGGGUGCGUUCCAGAGCCCGCAGCUCCUGAUGGUCUCGGGGAUCGGGCCGGCAGAUACAUUGAGCAGGUAUAGUAUCCCGCUGGUUGUCGAUUUGCCUGGUGUAGGGCAGAACAUGUGGGACCAUCUACUCUUCGGUCCGUCGUACCGGGUGAAUAUCUCCACGAACUCCAGGAUCCCAUAUGACUUUGUCUACACCCUUGAACAGCUCUCCCUUUACAUCACCCAGCGGCGUGGUGUAUUCUCCAACCCGGGAGCCGACUACCUUGCCUGGGAGAAAAUCCCAGACGAUCUCCGGUCUCAGUUCUCACAGCAAACAUUAAACAAUCUCUCCUGGUUCCCGCCUAGUUGGCCAGAGGCUGAGUACAUCUCCUUCGCAAUCUACCUAGACUCCUUCCUGGACCCUGUCUUCGGCCAACCAACAGACGGCUCCACCUACGCCGCAAUGAUCGGGUCCCUGGUCUCCCCAACCUCGCGCGGCUACGUAACAAUCGCCUCAAACAACACAGACGACCUACCCCUAAUCCAACCAAACUGGCUCUCGACCGAGUCCGACGCCCAGGUUGCAGUCGCCAUGUACAAGCGCAUGCGGCAGGCAUGGAGCGCCCCCGACGGGAUCGCGCCCAUUGUCGUAGGCGAGGAGGCAUUCCCUGGUCCGCAGGUGCAGAGCGACGCAGAGAUCCUGCACGCGAUCCGCGAGAGCGUCAUGACGAUUUUCCAUGCGGCGUGUACGUGUAAGAUGGGGCACGCUAAUGAUUCCAUGGCGGUGCUUGAUAGCAAAGGACGAGUCUUUGGGGUUACGGGGCUGAGGGUUGCGGAUGCGAGUGCGUUUGCGUUGUUGCCGCCGGGGCAUCCGCAGUCGACGUGCUAUAUGGUGGCUGAAAAGAUUGCGGCGGAUAUUAUUAAUGACGCGAAUGCGAAUGGCGGCCCUUGA